AUGCAACAACAGAUGACCAUUCAGCAACAACAACAAACGCAACAACAACAACAACAGAUGAAUAUUCCACAGCAACAACAAAUACAACAACUACAAAUGAAUAAUACACAGCAACAACAAAUGGAUCCGAAUUACUUUUAUCAAUAUUACUAUAUGCAGAAAACACCCUAUUACAAACAUUUUUAUAAUCAAUCGAAUAAUACAAAUGUCACGUUACCUAUGACAACCACGAUAACUACAACAAAAGGUCAGCAACAAAUACAACAACCAAUGUUUAACAAUAACUUUGAUAAUCAACAACAAAUUAUGCAAUCCCGUUAG